AUGAGGAGAUGGCACGUGGCUGUUGGACAACAAGUUGGAUCUGUCUAUCCACUGGUCCAUGAGGUGGACACAGCUAUCACUGGUUUAGUGACUCCAACAUCCUUUCUGUAUGGGAACUCCAUCGAUGCCUCUCGCUUCAUCCAGCUGGAGGACAAGGAGUGUAACUUCCAGCCUCUAAACUUCACCUUUCAGGUGAUCAACAACGGCCCCAGCAGGUUACCUGGCUCCAUAGUGGACAUCAGGAUCCCAAACCGACUGGCUGGCAAUGGGGCCGACAUGUUCCACAUCAUGGACACACAGGUGGCGGAGGGGCGAGGAAACUGCACCCCUCACAGGAACCCCAAGCCCUGUUCCAUCCCCCAGGACAGAGAGAGUAUCUUCCACACCAUCUUUGCCUUCUUCACCAAGUCUGGACGCAGGGUCCUGGACUGUGACCGGCCAGGGAGAGCAUGUUUAACCAUCUCAUGUACUCUGGGCUCCCAGUCCAAAGAGGAAGUUGUCAGUAUAGAUGUGAAACUUCUACUAAACACAGAGAUACUGAAGAGGGACAGCUCGUCGCUGAUCCAGUUCGUGACUAGGGGUAAUGUGAGAGUGGACGGGAGGGCCAUAGAGGUACCGCAGGGGCUAUCAGAAGACACUUCACUGGUGUUCGAGGCGCUCCACAGCCAGGAGCCAAGAGGCUAUGUUGUUGGUUGGAUCAUUGCCAUGAGCCUACUGGUGGGAAUACUCAUCUUCCUACUGCUGGCUGUGCUGCUCUGGAAGGUAGCACACACACCACACACACACACACACAAAACAGCAAAUAGUGUGGACUAUACCAUCUGUGAUGUCAUGGGCGCGGCAGGCAAAGAGGUGGAGGAAGACAGAGCCCCCUUCACAGAUAAAGAUCCUCUCUGUGAGGGCCCUUGA